UCCUUGAGGAUGGAUAGGAACACGCCCUGGUGUGUGAUUUUGGAUCCGACUCAGGGGCGGAGCCUCCAGGAGCAACUCCAGGCUGCUUUCUGAUCUCCUAACACAUUUUUAAACAUUUUGACACCGUAUUUCGUUCUUAACGAUGGCAAAUGCAGGAGUGCAGCUUCUCGGCUUCACGCUGGCCUUCCUCGGAUUCAUCGGCGCUAUAGCAUCCACCGUCAUGGUGGAGUGGAAAGCUUCAUCCUACGCUGGGGAGAACCUGAUCACAGCCCAAGCGCUGUACGAGGGCCUGUGGAAGAGCUGCGUUUACCAGAGCACGGGACAAAUGCAGUGCAAAGUCUUCGACUCUCUCCUCCAGCUACCAGGGAUGGUGCAGGGCGCACGAGGCCUGAUGCUCUCCUCCAUCCUGCUGUCGCUCCUCUCCCUGCUGGUGGCCAUGGUGGGGAUGAAGUGCACCACCUGCAUGGAAGAACAACCUCAGCUGAAGGGCAAAGUGGCGAUGGCCGGAGGGAUUGUCUUCGUCAUUGCUGGUGUGCUGAGUCUGGCUGGAACCUCCUGGUAUGGAAACAGAAUAGCACAAGACUUCUACAACCCCUUCACCCCGACUAACUCCAGGUAUGAGUUUGGGAGUGCCCUGUACGUCGGCUGGGGGGCUUCCUUUCUGAGCAUUAUAGGUGGGGCCUUUCUCUGCUGCCACUGCUCCAGCCAGACCUCCAGGAAGAGUCCAAAGUACCCAUCAUCCAACGCUGCAGCAGGCGGCAGGGGCUACGUGUAGGCGGCCUCGGCUACCGGCAGACGGCCAGCCUUCUGGUCUCAGACCUAAACUCAACAAAAUCAGACAUUCCACCUUAUUCUGGCAGAAAUGUGCCGAGACACCGAAAAACCACAGAAACAAAACAUUGUGUGCUCAUUAAAUGUAUUAUUUUAGACUAAAUGUUUUUUUAGAUGACUAAAAUGUAGGUUAGAUUAUUCUAACAUUACUGCCUGAGUUUCAUGUUGCCUUUCACUUAUUUGUUGCUUCUUCUUUUCUAAAAUAAAAACCAACAACAUUC